CCAUGUCUCUGUUGGUUCUAUGUCUACUCGUCUCCUCCGUCAUGUCAUGCUCACAGUUCACGAGGUAUCUUCGGCCAGCUACGUGUCAUUACCAGAACCAAGAGAUCUCUGAGGGUUCAGUUACGUACGACGAGGUCGACCGUUGCGCCAUCUACAUGUGCAGUGGAGGACGGACUCACCUAGUCCACGGGAUAAAAUGCAUGGAUUAUCGAGGCAAAUGCAUGCCGAUUUUGUCACACUUUGAUCGCUACAAGAACGGCAGACGACAGCAGUGCUACUGUAUAGUACAUCACAGGAAGAAGAGAAAUAUGUACGUUAACUAUAUGAGCUGUUACCAGUGGUGACACAUGCUGCUAGUGGUGACACAUACUGCCAUUUAUGACAUCACCUGCUACUAAUGGUGUGAUUACCAGCUAUCAGUUGUGACACAUGCUGCUAGUGGUGACACCUACGACCAAUGGUGACACAUGCUUCCCGUGGUGACUCGUGCUACGCGUGGUGACACCUGCUAUCAGUGGUGACACUUGCAACCAGUGGUUAUAACUGUUACCAGUGGUGACACAUGGUAAUGGUGAGUUUACCAGCUACCAGUGAUGUCGCUAAAUAAUCAA